CCUAUUAUUAUUCCAUGAAAAUAUAGUUUGAGUUCCUUCCAAUUAGUGAAACUAACAAAACUUUCCUCAUAAAAAGGAAGAACAAAGAGGGAACUAAUCAAAUCAAAGGGAGAAAUUCAACUUUCAAGCAGGAAAAUCCGUGAUAUUGUUCUAAUCAGAAGCCUUCUUUCUUCUCUCAGAAUCUGAGAAUAAUCAAUGGCGACGAAGAUCGACGGAAUCGAAGAGGAAGAAAUUUCAAAGCUCGAAGAAGGCACUCUAGUUUCCGCCGUCGCCCGUCUCUGUCCUUCCACCUCUGUCGUCAUCAUCCAAAAGGUUAUCGCGGAGGUGAUCGGAACGUACUUCGUGAUCUUCGCCGGAUGUGGAGCGGUGGCGGUGAACAAAAUUUACGGAUCAGUGACGUUUCCGGGAAUCUGUGUGGUUUGGGGAUUGAUUGUGAUGGUAAUGGUGUAUUCGGUGGGACAUAUCUCAGGAGCGCACUUCAAUCCUGCUGUUACUCUCACCUUCGCCUUUUUCCGUCGCUUCCCCUUCUGGCAGGUACCAAUAUACGUAGGAGCUCAACUAAUGGGGUCCCUUCUGGCAAGCUGCACAUUGGAACUGAUGCUUGAAGUGACUCCGGAAGCCUUCUUUGGGACGGAGCCCGUUGGAUCAAAUCUUCAAUCUUUGGUUCUCGAAAUUAUCAUCACCUUUCUCUUGAUGUUUGUCAUUUCUGGUGUCUCCACUGAUAACAGAGCCGUAGGAGAAUUCGCCGGAAUUGUGGUUGGAAUGACCAUUCUCUUGAAUGUUUUCGUCGCCGGGCCGAUUUCAGGAGCUUCUAUGAAUCCAGCUAGGAGCAUUGGACCAGCAAUAGUGAAACGGCAGUUCAAAGGAUUAUGGGUUUACGUGGUAGGACCGUUGAUCGGAGCGGUCGCCGGAGGGUUCGUCUAUAACCUAAUUAGAUUCACAGACAAGCCACUGGGGGAGAUCACCAGAAGCAGCUCAUUCUUCACCGGCAGCCAGAAAUCAUAACCGCCGGAGACUCUUCACCACCACCAUCUUUAAAGACUUUAACUUCAGAAGCAACAACCAAGCCUUGUGUGUUCAUCAUUCAUUUAUGUAUAUAAUGUGUUAACUCAAUUUAUCAUUUAUUUAGGAAGUUUUUACCAUUUUGCCAAAGCAUUAUUUAUUUGAUCAAAUGAUGCUUAGUUAAGACUUUUUGUUCUUUGGUUAUUGAGAAUUGGAUUCAUUCUGAGCAGUUAAUCUAAUCGAUGGUGAUCUUAAACUAG